GGGUGUGCGUGCGUGUGUGUGUGUGUAUGUGCCGCGGGGGGAACGGAGCGCAGAGCAUCCUUCGCGCCCGCCGCCGCGCCUCGCGCCCGCCCGCCCUCGCCGCUGUCCUCGCCGCUGUGCGCGCGCCCCUCUCCCCUGCGCGGCAAUGUCGUCGCCGUCGUCCGGGGAGCGGUACGAGGAGGAGGAGGAGGAGGAGGAGGAGGACGGCGCCUACGAGAGCCAGGCCAAGCGGCUGAAGCCCAGCGCCGCCGCCGAGGAGGGCGAGAUCGAGUACAGCGGCGCGGAGGAGGGCGAGAGCCGGCGGGAGAAGGCGGCCCCGCCGCGCGGCGGCGGCGGCUUCGCGGGCGGGGAUGCAGGGGGAAGUCAUCACAAAGUCUCUGUUUCACCUGUUGUUCAUGUCAGAGGACUCUGUGAAUCAGUUGUGGAAGCAGAUCUUGUGGAAGCUCUGGAAAAGUUUGGAACCAUAUGCUAUGUCAUGAUGAUGCCAUUUAAGCGCCAGGCUCUAGUGGAGUUUGAAAAUAUAGAAAGUGCCAAGAAAUGCGUGACAUUUGCAGCAGACGAACCCGUAUAUAUUGCUGGACAGCAAGCCUUUUUCAACUAUUCAACAAGCAAAAGGAUUACUCGGCCGGGAAACACUGAUGACCCAUCUGGUGGAAAUAAAGUUCUCCUGCUAUCAAUUCAGAAUCCUCUCUACCCAAUUACAGUGGAUGUCUUGUAUACUGUGUGCAACCCUGUUGGAAAAGUUCAGCGCAUUGUUAUAUUCAAGAGAAAUGGAAUACAAGCUAUGGUUGAGUUUGAAUCGGUGUUUUGUGCUCAGAAGGCAAAGGCUGCACUCAAUGGAGCAGAUAUCUAUGCAGGAUGCUGUACACUAAAAAUUGAAUAUGCAAGGCCAACUCGACUUAAUGUCAUUAGAAAUGACAACGAUAGUUGGGACUACACUAAACCGUAUCUGGGCCGACGAGACAGAGGGAAGGGCCGCCAGAGGCAAGCUAUUUUGGGAGAGCACCCAUCAUCAUUUAGACAUGAUGGAUAUGGGUCACAUGGUCCUUUAUUGCCCCUACCAAGCCGAUACCGAAUGGGAACUCGGGACACUCCAGAACUUGUUGCUUAUCCGUUGCCCCAGGCAUCAUCCUCUUACAUGCAUGGUGGAAAUCCUUCUGGUUCAGUUGUCAUGGUUAGUGGGUUGCAUCAGCUAAAGAUGAACUGUUCAAGAGUCUUCAACUUGUUCUGCUUGUAUGGAAACAUUGAAAAGGUGAAAUUUAUGAAGACCAUUCCAGGCACAGCACUAGUUGAAAUGGGUGAUGAGUAUGCUGUAGAAAGAGCUGUCACACAUCUCAACAAUGUCAAAUUAUUUGGGAAAAGGCUUAAUGUCUGUGUUUCAAAGCAGCAUUCUGUAGUCCCAAGCCAGAUAUUUGAACUGGAGGAUGGCACAAGUAGUUACAAGGAUUUUGCAAUGAGUAAGAAUAAUCGCUUCACUAGUGCUGGCCAAGCAUCUAAGAACAUCAUCCAACCACCCUCUUGUGUGCUGCAUUAUUAUAAUGUACCCCUGUGUGUUACUGAAGAAACAUUUGUAAAGUUAUGUGAGGAUCAUGAAGUUCUCAGUUUUAUUAAAUACAAAGUGUUUGAUCCAAAACCUUCUGCCAAAACACUCUCUGGUCUGUUGGAAUGGGAAUGUAAGACAGAUGCAGUGGAAGCCCUCACCGUACUUAAUCACUACCAGAUAAGAGUCCCAAAUGGCUCUAACCCUUAUACCUUGAAGCUUUGCUUCUCUACUUCCUCCCACUUAUAGAGAAGAGGACAGCAUGUUAAAGCUACGUUCACCUCGAUUUGCAAGUCUGAAACUACACUUCACUCACAAAGCUCUAAAGUGAUUGCUCUAAUGUUGCCUUGUUUCAAUUUAAUUCUAAUAUCUUUUAUCUUGUUUUAUAAUAAAUGGAUGUUCCUUCAUAAAUACAAAAUAGAUUUUUUUUCCUCUUUGCCUCUGAGAAGUACAUGUUGUAAGCUAACUACAAAGUUUGUAUUUCAUUAAUGUAAUACCUUCAAAAGUCUAAAGAAACUCCAGUAACAUACAAGAUAGCAUACCAUUCAGACCCUAAAAUGUCACUGUUUUCUUCAAAAAAUGAAACUUAUUUGCAUUUUGGUGUUGAAGAUCAGCAAGUAUUUUUUUUUCCAUUUGUAGUCUUAAUUGGCAGAUAGAACUACUACAUCAGAAUUUUAAAUGUAAAACUUGUUUUUCAGUAUGUUACGUAGUGAAGUAUGUUGCAAUAAAUACUAAAAAAAAAAGCUUGUAUUUAUAAAAUGCUUAAAUCAGGUUAAUGUUGCACAUACUAAAUUUUAAGUAGUAUAGAUUUAGUUGAUUUAUAUUCCGAACAAAGCUGACAUAGAAAAUAAGUAUGUACACGUGUAUGGUGUGAAUUCAUACUUAUUUUAAGUUUUUUUUGGUUUUUAACAAUUUUCUGUUUGCAUUAGCAUGAUGCCAUCUAUAGCUAGUCCCACCGUAGGGGCCUUUUUAAAAUUAAAAUUGCAAGCCUAUAUCAGUGUGUUCAUCCUCAUUUUCCAUAACUUAAAUCUUUGAUGUUUAACAUAUCCUCUUUUUAAAUAUUGAGUAUGACUUAUUAAAUGGUAUAAGUUGGAUAUGUGAGAUCAGAAGAUUGAUCACAGCAGAACAAAGGUGGUCAAAGUAGUCAAAAGAAAAGGCAAGCCCCACCAUACUUUCUUACCUGGAUUGUUAAUUUGAUUUACACUUUAUUUUAUUUGUAUUUUGUUUUCUUUUGCUUGAUUUUUAUUUUAUACUUCAGUUAUGAUGAUAAAAGGAUGCAUAGAGUGAAUAGACUUGGCUAGCCUCUCACUUAUACUGAUCUAAUAUAGGUGAGGUUUGGCUAACAUACUUCUCAUUUAUUUCAUGUCAUGUAAUUAAGUGAGGAAUAUUUUCUUUUGAGGAAAAUUUGUUUUGUUCCAGCGCUUAAGAGCCUCAAUUCUCUACUGCAGAAUUGGAGUUGCCGUUUUAGUCAGGCCCAACUCCAGAAAUGGGAAUCCAGGCAUGAAGUUGUCCAUGUUUGUUCCUCUUUCUGAAUAUUCAACAAACUGCUUAGUGCUUUUUUUCAAUUCUGUUCUCAGUGAUCAAGAAGAGUUACUUUAUCAGCCAUUUUAUCUUGCAUUUUAUUAUACAUGUUUUUUGUCCUGUCUUCAAGUGCAGGAUUAUUCAUGCAAGUACGCUUGCUUUUGAGAGAAUAUGUUGCAGUCUGUUUACAGACUGUGGGUAUUGCACACAUACAGGCUAGACUUUCUCCACUCUUAAUUUCAAGGUAGAAACACCUAAUCAGACAAGGGAAGACAAGUCAGCUGUCCUUCAGGUCUUCCAGUUGGCAAUGAUUCGGUUUCGUCCUGGUUACCCCCGUUUUUUUCAUGCUUCUGGUAAUGAGUAUUUCAGGAAUUCAAAGCAUGCUGCUAAUAUGUGCUGGAAACCGAGGGGCAGCUGCACUUUGUUUGGCAGGCCUUGUUUCAUGUGGCCUUCUUCGUACAGUUUGGAGUAAUAAUAGCCUCCCAUCUGGUCUGUGGUAGACUUGCUUUUUAGGGGCAUUUUUUUUUCCAGCUUCACUGCUUCUGCCCUAGAAAUUGCUUCUGGAGAACUUCAGUCUAGAAGACUACAUGCCAUGCCUUGCUAUUUGCCAACAGAAACGCUGGGUACUCGUGACAAGUUGUGUGCUGCCUAGCAUUUUGACUGUAAAAGAUCUUCUCACAAUCGUUCAUUUCUCUCAGCUAGAAUGUCCUGUGGAAAUGUUUCUCUUGUCAUAGCUUGCAUUGUUAUUAGUAUUAAUGUAUUUCAAGAAGUCAGAAUUUUUGUAGCUGAAUAUUAAAAAGUCAUGUUAUUUGCUGGUCCUGUUUGGGGUGUAGGAUGAGUGACCCUAAAGCAUUCAGGUUUUUAUAGAAAAGCACUUUAAUGUUACCAUAUCCUCCAAGGAUCCCAGCCUUCAGUGCCUAAGAUGCCUGGAUGAAAGGCAUCUUUCCUGUGGCUGCUCAGAUCAAACAGAGGACGGACUAGUUCUAGGCAUAUCUGAGAGGAUAUUUUAUCAACUGGAAGUCCCCAUUCUCAAAAUGAGAAUAGCCUGUACCAUAUGAGGAAGAGAAGACUGAGAAACUGUUCAUACUUCUUUCUCCUUAAAACAAUCAUUAUGUUCUUUUGAAAUUUGAGAAUGGGAAAGAUUUUGCUGUAAAAAGAAAAUAGUUCUCCUGGGCCUAAAUGGGUGGGUGCUCCUCAUAGGGAAGGAUUUAGGCUCGUGGUCUCCUUCUACAGUCAAGGUCCCUGGUCACCUAUGAUCUUGCUCAUUAGAAUGGAGCCAGAAUAGUGGAACAGGUAAAUAGUUGCUCCAAAGGGAGUGAAGUUUGUGUGUUGUUUGGCAGCCUACCACUUGUUAUACUUUUUAGAUUAAAUUUUAAAGCACUAAGGUCUCUUGAUGCAAUUUUUCUGUCCUUUUUGCCUAAGCCAUACACCCAAAUUAGUGAACAUUGCUAUACAGAUUUCCUUUGUGUAAGCGGUUCACAUUCAUAUUGUAAUAUAUUCAUGACAGUUUCAGGAUUUUGGGGUUUGGGGGUUUCUUUGUUUAAGUGUUUAUUUUUCUAAUUGGCCACUUUUCAUUGGAGAUAAAUGAUACAUUGAAGUGGAGAUCUUUUCAUUUUCUUUCAUGAUACCCUAAUCUUUGUUUAUUUAUUUUCCCUUAUAAGGGGAGGAAGUGGGAAGAGUUGCUUUUUGACUUUCUGUACCACCACAGUAAGGUAGGUAGUGUGUGUUGCUAGGUGAUAUAAGAAAGGGUAUAAAAGAAACCGUUUGGGAAAUGUCUGGGUGUUUUGCUUUAUAAAAAGAAUGACGCAAUUUAAUGUAGUGUCACUAAGUCUGUCUUUCAGUAAGGCACAAUGUUUGGGCUAAGCUGGCUUGUAAGGCUGAAACCCUCCUUGUUGUAAUUAAAUGCAACUUGCUCCUUU